AUGCAAUGUCAGACGUUGAAGGAUCUAACAGUUGUUGUUGCAACGAUUGCUUUUGAUAUGGGUAUUGACAAACUAAAUGUAAGAAGAAUUAUACACUAUGGUUGGCCUCAGAGUUUGGAAGCAUAUUAUCAAGAAGCAUGUAGAGCUGGAAGAGAUGGAAAAUUGGCAGAUUGUGUUUUAUAUGCAAAUUUAUCAAGAAUGUCAUCCCUUCUUCCAAACAAAAGAAUUGAAGAACAAACUAAACAAGCAUAUAAGAUGUUAUCUGAUUGCUUCAGGAUUGAUCCGGUUGAUGUGUUAGAUUUUUAA